AAGAAAAAAACAAAAACAUUGAAAUAACUGCCGAUUGUUUAAAACCCCGAAAGGAGCUCGGUGCUAAUGCUAUCUACCGCACUGGCUGUGUCUGUUUAUGACAGCGAGAGCUAGCCCGGGAGCUAACAUUAGCAUGAGGCUGGCGCAGAGGUCGAAUAAGCGUCAACAAUGAUUUGAUGAUGGUCCGCACCGAUGGCGUCUCUAAAUACGAGGCGACAGUGGAUAAAAGGCGACCCCCAGCCGAGACGCUCCAUCUGCUCUCCGCCGUCAUUGUGUGGCUGGUGACCGGCACCACCAUCUCCAGCCUCAACAAAUGGAUCUUCGCCGUGUACAACUUCAGGUACCCGCUGCUGCUGUCGGCGCUGCACAUGCUGACCGCCAUCGUGGUGGACUACGGCUUGAUCAAGCUGCGGGUGAUCCGCCACGCAGGCGUGGGAGAGCGGGACCUGACCACCGGCGCCAAAUGUAAAGUCUUCCUGCUGAGUCUGACGUUCUGCGCCAGCAUCGCCUUCGGCAACAUGGGCCUGAACUACGUCCAACUGUCCUUUGCACAAAUGAUCUACACCACCACGCCACUUUUCACCCUGGCCAUCUCCACGCUGAUCCUGGGCAAGCAGCAUCACUUCCUCAAGUACACGGCCAUGAUGCCCAUCUGCUUGGGGGCGUCCUUCAGCAUCAUGGGGGAGGUCCAGUACGACCAGACCGGCUGUUUGUUUGUCAUCGCGGCCACCAUGUUUAGGGGGGUCAAGUCCAUCCAACAGAGCAUUCUCCUCCAGGAGGAGAAGAUCAACUCUGUCUUCCUGCUCUACCUGAUGUCCAUCCCCAGCUUCUGCAUCCUGACCUUAGCCGCCCUGGCCCUGGAGAACUGGGCCCUGCUGGAGUCGCCGCUCCACUACGACCGCCACCUCUGGCUCUUCAUCCUGCUCAGCUGCCUGGGCUCGGUGCUGUACAACCUGGCCAGCUGCUGCGUCAUCACGCUCACCUCCGCCGUCACCCUGCACAUCCUGGGCAACCUCAACGUGGUGGGCAACCUGCUGCUGUCCCAGCUGCUGUUCGGCACGGAGCUGUCCGCCCUCAGCUGCGCCGGCGCCGCGCUCACGCUCUCCGGCAUGCUCAUCUAUCAGAACUCGGAGUUCAUCGUCCGCUACAUGGACACGCGCAGAGCCAAGACAAACGGCACGCUGCAGCGGGACGGGACGCCAAGAACGGAGGCGGACAAGACGGACUGAGCUCCAGGAAGUGGACGUCGAGUGGUCCCGUGCACGUGACCUUAUAAGGUGAUGUUGUGCCAGAGUAGUCACCCCCUCCCUCCUCACUGUGCCAUCGGAGGCUGGAAGAAACAAUGGCCUUUUUUUUAUUUUUAUUGAUUUGACAAAAUGGCAAGCCCUUCCUCUCCUUUUAUUUGCACUCCGACAUCAACACCAUGGAUUCCUGGCGUCCGCUUGUCCCUCCCACUCCGCUGCAGUGGACGUUGUUAAAAUGCUGUCGACUCCCUGCUUUUUGCCUUGAUCCGGGAGAUGUGUCAACCCCCACCCCAGUCUUUAAGCACAAAUAAAAAAGGAGCCCUGCGCCCUGCUCCAGACGGACCCACAUUCGGAGUUCCAAAUCGAGUGCUCGAGUCUCUGGAGAUUUCCCUCAAUUAUUUCUGUCACUGCAGCGUGCCAUCUUGGGUCCUACAGUGUCACUUCUUACUAAAGUAUAUUUAUUAUUACAAUUUGCAGCACAUCUUCCAAGCGGACUCCUGCUGGACAAAGCCUAUUUAAAUAGUGUUUUUAUUGACAUUAUAUGAACAAACCAUUUAACGCCACUCUUUUGAAUAUGUAAGCAAAAAAAAAAAAAAAAAGUAUUUAUUAUACAAACAUCGUUUCCAUAUGAGUUGGGGAAUUGUGUUAGAUGUAAAUAUAAACAGAAUACAAUGAUUUGCAAAUCCUUUUCAACCCAUAUUCAGUUGAAUGCACUACAAAGACAAGAUAUUUUAUGUUCAAACUCAUAAACUUUUUAUUUUGAGCAAAUAAUAAUUAACUUAAAAUUUCAUGGCUGCAACACGUGCCAAAGUAGUUGGGAAAGGGCAUGUUCACCACUGUGUUACAUCACCUUUUCUUUUAACAACACUCAAUAAACUUUUGGGAACUGAGGAAACUAAUUGUUGAAGCUUUGAAAGUGGAAUUCUUUCCCAUUCUUGUUUUAUGUAGAGCUUCAGUCGUUCAACAGUCCGGGGUCUCCGCUGUCGUAUUUUACGCUUCAUAAUGCGCCACACAUUUUCGAUGAGAGACUGGACUGGACUGCAGGCGGGCCAAGAAAGUACCCACACUCUCUUAUUUUUUUUAUUUUUUUACAAAGCCACGCUGUUGUAACACGUGCUGAAUGUGGCUUGGCAUUGUCUUGCUGAAAUAAGCAGGGGCGUCCAUGAAAAAGACGGCACCGAGAUGGCAGCAUAUGUUGUUCCAAAACCUGUAUGUACCUUUCAGCAUUAAUGGUGCCUUCACAGAUGUGUAAGUUACCCAUGCCUUGGGCACUAAUGCACCCCCAUACCAUCACAGAUGCUGGCUUUUCAACUUUGCGUCGAUAACAGUCUGGAUGGUUCGCUUCCCCUUUGGUCCACAUGACACGAUGUCGAAUAGUUCCAAAAACAAUUUGAAAUGUGGACUGACUUACUUUGCAUCAGUCCAUCUCGGAUGAUUUCGGGCCCAGAGAAGCCGGCGGCGUUUCUGGAUGUUGUUGAUAAAUGGCUUUCGCUUUGCAUAGUAGAGCUUUAACUUGCACUUACAGAUGUAGCGACGAACUGUAUUUAUUGACAGUGGUUUUCCGAAGUGUUCCCGAGCCCAAGUGGUGAUAUCCUAUAGAGACUGAUGUCGGUUUUUGAUACAGUGCCGUCUGAGGGAUCGAAGGUCACCGUCUCUGAACCUUUUGAUGAUAUUAUGUAGCGUAGAUGUUGAAAUCCCUAAAUUUCUUGCAAUUGCACUUUGAGAAACGUUGUUCUUAACCUGUUUGACUAUUUGCUCACGCAGUUGUGGACAAAGGAUGGGGCGAGGUACACCCCUUUCUCGUGAAAGACUGAGCAUUUUUUGGGAAGCUGUUUUUAUACCCAAUCCUGGCACCCACCUGUUCCCAAUUAGCCUGCACACCUGUGGGAUGUUCCAAAUAAGUGUUUGAUGAGCAUUCCUCAACUUUAUCAGUAUUAUUGCCACCUUUCCCAACUUUGUCACGUGUUGCUGGCAUCAAAUUCUAAAGUUAAUGAUUAUUUGCACACAAUUUUAUUUUUUUAUGAGUUUGAACAUCAAAUAUGUUGUCUUUGUAGUGCAUUCAACUGAAUAUGGGUUGAAAAGGAUUUACAAAUCCUUGUAUUCCGUUUAUAUUUACAUCAAACGCAAUUUCCCAACUCAUAUGGAAACGGGGUUUGUAUUAUAUUUGAAUCGCCAUGGCAAUCACUGGCAUUGUUGUCUCGCACCAGUCCAACAUUUGGACUCUCCUUCUCAUUCUAGUUGUUGAUGUAGCGUGGACAAACCUGUUACCCGUUCUGCACUAGUUAGUUGUAGUCAGGCGGAAUGCUGCUUUCUUUUACAGGGGGAAUGUUGAUACAGAUAUGGUAUGCCAAAUGUUUACUUUCGUUGUAGCGUUUUCAUUGCACUGUUUGUGUUGUCAAACUGGUUCCACACCAGAGAAAGAGGAAAGCCAUGACUUCUGUUUUGUUUACCUCAUGUUCUGCAGUGUAAGGCGCCGACCGCUAAAUCUGAAAGGUUAGACGCACCCAUUUCACAGCGCAUGGCGAUAAAAACAUGGCUGUCGUGUAUCGAUGUGCUACGGAAUACCUCAGAAAUGAGUCAUUUUAACCAGUUAAUAUUUGAGAAGCAGCAAUUAACUGACAUUUUUGGAAUGUGCGGUGCACUGACCAGGUUUAAUUGAACCCCUUUUCCUCCCGUGUGUAGUGAUUGUACGUGUUAUUUUAUUGGACGUUUUACCGUGGUACCGCUUCAUGAAUGCAUCGCGCCUUAUCCCCACAUUCAUGCCUUCCUGUAGAAUGUUUUCAUUUUGUGGUUAAGGGGCAAACACAAUCUGCUGUUUCACUAUUAGCAAUAAAAGACCUGGCACACGUUCAUUGACUGACA